UUGUGAUCGUGAUAGCCGCCGCACGCAAUGGUGAUGUAAUUCGUUGUUUGUGUUGCGUUUUGGAGAAGUUUUUGUCUUUUGGAUGGGCGACGUGUGCGUGCACUAUCGGCAGCACACGCUUGGCUUGGUUGUACUACGUUUUACGGUAUGCUUUGAAAAGUGCAGCAAACAUCUAAUAAAAUCAAUAUCGACCAGAACACUUGUACGGUAUCCUCUCGACCAAGUCGAGUCAAAAGCGAACGUCCCGAAGGAUGGCGUUUGUUUGAGCGGCUCCUAUUUAUGUGCCAGACGCUUGUGUGAUACGACGUGUUAGGGAAGUUAGCUUGCAAUCAGCAGACAACGCCGGUGAAUUGAGGACAAAAUGCGGCAUUGCAUUAGUUGUUGGAUACUGCUUGCAAUAUAUGCAUCCAUUCCAGGAGAAAUCGAAGCAGCCACGUUUACCGUUACAUCGCAGGUGUACAUGGACGUAUCGAUUGAUGGCGAGAAAAUAGGGCGCAUAACGAUCGGAAUGUUUGGUGAGGAAGCCCCAAAAACGGUGGCCAACUUUCGUCAACUCUGUACGAAGGAUGUGGACGGAUUCAGCUACAAGGGUAGUCGGUUCCAUCGCGUUAUCCAGAAGUUUAUGAUACAAGGCGGUGAUGUUGUGUCCGGUGAUGGCCAUGGUGCGAUCAGCAUGUACGGGAAGUAUUUCGACGACGAAAAUCUUAAGAUCAACCACACGUGCUCAGGCUUCAUAGCGAUGGCGAACCGUGGCCCAAAUACGAAUGGGUGCCAGUUCUAUAUUACCACCCUGCCGGCACCGUGGCUGGACGGUAAGCAUACCAUCUUCGGGAAGGUUCUUGAUGGACAGGCUGUGGUCCACAAGGUGGAACAGGUGCGAACGGAUACGGACGAUUAUCCAGUGAAACCGGUCAUCAUUGAGGAUUGUGGAGAUCUUCCUAUCCUUGGGCCGUUUACCGUUUCGGACGACCCAUACGAUUUGUGGGCCUGGAUCAAGGCAGCGUACCUUCCGCUCGGAAUGUCCUUUUCCAUUCUAGCUUUCUUCCAGUACAUCAUCCGCAAGCUAGACGGAUUCACGAGCCGUGAAGCUGCGCGCAACGAGCAACUAGCCAAAACUGAGUAAUUCAGCAGGAAAAAAAUCCUUUUUAUGUGCCGAGCUGGUUUCUUUUUUAAUAAAAGUAAAGACAAUUUUAACAAUCAA